AUGUCCGGCGAAACGGAGAUCGAGGUGUCGGUUGUGUCGGAAGAGGAUCUGGAGCUGGAGGGCUCCAGGAGCAGCUCCACACCGGCGGAGCUGCUGUUGCAGGAGAAGAACGGCAAGUCUGGCUGCGGGCUGAGCAAUCACCACCACUCCUUCAGCUUUGACACCGUGAGCAAGCCGGCGCUCAGGCCCGCCUGCAAUCCGCAGUACACGUCCUUCAGUAUCUCCAAUAUCCUUGGCAGACCGGAAUCGCCGCCCGUUGAUUCGACGACCUCGACGGGCUCCGGCGAGAGACAGUCGUCGGACGUCGACCGGACGUCGCCGUUGCCGCCGGCAAACUCGCAGAACUCGCAGAGAAUCCCGCCGUCGUGCGGCAGCCCCGGCAGGAUCUCGUCCUCGCCCACAUCCUUGAGAUUGUCCGGCGGUCAACGCGGCGGAUUGUCUGCAGCCGGUCACACCGGACUGGAGCCCAGAGCGAAUUCCGCGGGUAUCGGUAUCGGAUGUGCUACCAGUGCUACCAGUCCGGCCGCGACCUUUUCGCCGCCCGGCGAUGCCUCUACCAAUCCACUAUUAGGACACCAGGCGUCGGCGGAUCUCGCGAUGCUGUCAAGCGACGGGUCAGCACCGAUCACUGCUGAUCGGCAAGGCGCCACUAAAAAUUCGAGUACCGUUUUACUAGUGAGCCAGCACAGCAUUCAACGUGUUAAUCAAGGUUUCCGCAUAAAGCUGCUACUGAAUUUGCCACCGGAAGGGUCCGCGACGCGCAGAUUGAUAGCAAGCCGAUACCCAGUCGGCAUCGGCGGCCUAUUCUACCCGUCGACGCUGCAGCAUCUCCAUCAGCAGCAGCAACAGCAGCAUCAGCAUCAUUCGCGGCUGGCCGCCGCGGCUUCGUCCGCCCUCAGCAAUGCCGUGCAGGUCGCCGGCCAAUCACCGGACAUCGUCGACGCCGACGGCAUUCGUGGCGUUUUACUCGGCGGCGCCGGCUGGCCGUUUCCAUGGAGGCCGGCGCACAGCCUGCAGACGCUCGAGCAUCCCUCGCCGAGCGACGUGGUCGGCACCCUCAGCCGCGUCAGUCCCGCGUCCGCAUCUUUUCCUCAGCGAGACGAACUCGACGAUGACAACGGCGAUGAUCGUCUACACCGCGCGAGGAGUCCAUCAAGUGGUGACGAGGCGCACGACGAUCUCGGUGAAGGUGACGAUUGUGCGGAUGCCGACGGUGAAGGCGAGUCGACGUCGACGAGUCUCCAUGGCACUUCGGUGGGCGGUGGUGGUGGUGGUGUUGGCGUAGACGGUCGCGAGUCGAAUAGCAUAAAGCGCAAGAAGAAGACUAGGACAGUGUUCUCUCGGUCGCAAGUGUUCCAGCUAGAGAGCACGUUUGACAUGAAGCGCUACCUUUCAUCGUCGGAGCGCGCCGGUCUCGCCGCCUCGCUCAGGCUGACGGAGACCCAGGUGAAGAUAUGGUUCCAGAAUCGGCGGAACAAGUGGAAACGGCAGUUGGCCGCUGAGCUAGAGGCGGCGAACAUGGCCCAUGCCACCCAGAGGCUGGUCAGGGUGCCGAUUCUGUACCACGAAGCGUCAGCCAGCACCGGCGGUUCCGCCGGCGUGUCGGUGUCGGCGCCGGGACCGCCGGGACCGCCGGUGCCGUCCUCGGUAGGUGCGACCUCCGCCCUGUCGCACUCGGUCGGCGUCGGAGUGGGCGUCGGCGUCGGCGUCGGCGUCGGCGUCGGCGUCGGCACCUCGUGCGCGCCCACCACGGCGCAGCCCAUCUUCUACUCCCAUCACCAUCAACAUCACCAUCACCACCCGGCGGCGGCCCACGUGCAGGCGCACAGUCUCUUGUCCCACCAGGUGCACCCGCAACCGCCGCCCCCGCCCCCGCCGCCGCCCAACGGCCAACCACCGCGGACGUCCUCGCAAUAA